AUGUUGGUACCUCUGGUUAUACAUCUAUGGUUUUUAUCAUUAGUAUCAGCUGCAUACUCAUAUAAGGGUUGUUAUUCUUCUACCAGUUUGGAAUCUUCCGGUUUGACUUCAAAGGGAACUUAUGAAUAUCAAUCAGUAUCGUAUUGUCAGCAACAAUGUUCUGGUUUCCCUUUGGUGGCUCUUCUAAAUGGUGGUGAGUGUUUUUGUGGUGACUCCACUUCAAUUCUAGACUCUCUAUCAUCAGAUUCUUCCCAAUGUACUGUCAGUUGUAAUGGUUGGCCAUUCCAGACAUGCGGUGGUCAAAAUUAUAUGGAUGUUUAUGUAGACCCCUCUCUAGAUGGAGGUUCUUCUGUUGCAAUCAGUUCAAGUUCUUCAUCUUCGACAACCACCACCUCUUCCAGGUCGACUUCUUCAUCAAUUUAUUCACCAUUCCCAAGUAAUCUGGAUUCAAUGGAUUCUAGUAUAGGCAUAUUGACUGCGCAAUCGUCAACGACAUCUAUAAUACUGUCUACUAGUGAUCCAUCUUAUGCUGAAUCAACAGAAUUGGAAGAAACUACUACCUCGAAAUCGACCAAGUCUGCUUCUAGUGCAACCGUUACUUCUUCCUCAAGAUCUUCCUAUUCAAGAUCAACCUCUUCAAGAUCAUCCUCUUCGAAAUCAUCUUCAUCCACUGCACUCUCAACUAUUUUCACGUCGAUUCGUUACACUACACAGAUGGUUACAACAUCAGUCGUUACUGGCUCAGAUAAUGUUCAACAAACCGUCUUUGUUACAAGAACUGCAGUUUUGACUACUUCGUCUUCAGUUGCAACAUCUGGUCCAGACGAUAUUUCUACAAAUGGUAAAGGUACUUCUUCGGGGAAAAGUUCAAACUUAUCAGGAGGUGCUAUUGCAGGUAUAGUGGUAGGUGUAGUUGCAGGUACAAUUAUAAUUCUAUUGAUCAUUAUAUUCUUUUACUGGAGAAGAAGAAGAGAGCAUGAUAAUGUCGACUUAGAACAGACCAAGCAACAUCAACCUUACUCAUUUGGUGAUGUGGAUGCAAAUCCAGUAGUAGCUCCAGAGAGAGUUGUCUCUUCUAAAUGGCGUAAACCAUCAAGAAAUAAUACACAUCUAUCGAAUGAUUCAGAUUCAAGUAGUAAAUUCAUCGGUUUGCCAAAUUCAUCAUCAUCAAAUAACAUUAAUGAUGACAGCUUUAAUAGUGGAAGUGUCGAUAGUGGUCCAAAUUUACUGCAUAGACCUCAUUAUCCUUCUACUGUUUUUGAGGAAGACCCACAAAUUUAUAAUGGUAACCAAAGGUUUAGUACCACCUCAUUGCCAGAUAUGAAGGAUGAUAGACCUCCACUGAGAAUUGUGAACCCUGAUGAAGAAAAAAUAGAAGAAGAUAUGGAGCGCUUUAUGGACACAGAGAGCUCGGAAUCAUAG